CAGCCCUGGAGUGGUUUCUAUACAGCAAUUGCAAGAGAAAAGUGAGAGAUGGAACCCGAAGAAGAAAGGAUUCGCUACAGCCAGAGAUUGCGUGGUACCAUGCGGCGGCGCUAUGAAGACGAUGGCAUCUCAGAUGAUGAAAUUGAAGGGAAGAGAACUUUUGAUUUGGAAGAGAAGCUCCACACCAACAAAUAUAAUGCAAAUUUCGUUACUUUUAUGGAAGGAAAAGAUUUUAAUGUAGAGUAUAUCCAGCGGGGUGGCUUGAGAGACCCUCUGAUUUUCAAGAACUCCGAUGGCCUUGGAAUAAAAAUGCCAGAUCCAGACUUCACUGUGAACGAUGUCAAAAUGUGUGUAGGGAGUCGUCGAAUGGUGGAUGUCAUGGAUGUGAACACACAGAAGGGCAUUGAAAUGACUAUGGCUCAAUGGACACGCUACUAUGAGACCCCAGAGGAGGAGCGAGAGAAACUCUAUAAUGUCAUCAGCCUGGAGUUCAGCCACACCAGGCUGGAGAACAUGGUGCAGAGGCCAUCCACGGUGGAUUUCAUUGACUGGGUAGAUAACAUGUGGCCACGGCAUUUGAAGGAAAGUCAGACAGAAUCAACCAAUGCCAUUCUGGAGAUGCAGUACCCGAAGGUGCAGAAGUACUGUCUAAUGAGUGUUCGAGGCUGCUAUACUGACUUCCACGUGGACUUUGGUGGUACCUCUGUUUGGUACCACAUCCAUCAAGGAGGAAAGGUCUUCUGGCUCAUCCCCCCUACAGCCCACAACCUGGAGCUGUACGAGAAUUGGCUGCUGUCAGGGAAACAGGGAGACAUCUUUCUGGGUGACCGGGUAUCAGAUUGCCAGCGCAUUGAGCUCAAGCAGGGCUAUACCUUCGUCAUUCCCUCAGGAUGGAUUCAUGCUGUGUAUACUCCUACAGAUACGUUAGUGUUUGGAGGCAAUUUUUUGCAUAGCUUCAAUAUCCCGAUGCAAUUAAAAAUAUACAACAUUGAAGAUCGAACGCGGGUUCCAAAUAAGUUCCGCUAUCCAUUCUACUAUGAGAUGUGUUGGUAUGUGUUGGAGCGCUAUGUAUACUGCAUAACCAAUCGCUCCCACCUAACUAAGGAAUUUCAGAAAGAGUCCCUUAGCAUGGAUUUGGAGUUAAAUGGGUUGGAGUCUGGAAAUGGGGAUGAGGACUCAGUGGAUCGAGAAACUCGGCGCUUGAGCAGUAGGCGUUCUGUUCUCACAAGCCCCAUAGCCAAUGGGGUCAACAUGGAUUAUGACGGACUGGGCAAAGCCUGCCGAAGUCUGCCAAGCCUGAAGAAAACCUUGUCCAGUGACUCAUCCUCUGACUCUAGCCGGGGUUCCCACAAUGGCCAAGUGUGGGAUCCCCAGUGUAGCCCCCGAAAGGACAGGCAGGUACAUCUGACCCAUUUUGAGCUUGAAGGCCUUCGCUGCCUUGUAGAUAAGUUGGAGUCUCUGCCACUGCACAAGAAAUGUGUCCCCACUGGGAUAGAAGACGAAGACGCCCUCAUUGCGGAUGUAAAGAUUUUGCUGGAGGAGCUUGCCAACAGUGAUCCCAAGUUAGCCCUUACUGGAGUCCCUAUAGUCCAGUGGCCAAAAAGGGAUAAGCUUAAAUUCCCCUCCCGGCCAAAAGUGCGGGUUCCUACCAUCCCCAUCACCAAGCCUCACACCAUGAAGCCAGCUCCACGGUUAACACCUGUGAGGCCAGCUGCCGCCUCCCCCAUGGUGUCAGGAGCCAGACGGCGACGAGUGCGCUGUCGAAAAUGCAAAGCCUGUGUGCAGGGAGAGUGUGGUGUCUGCCACUACUGCAGGGACAUGAAGAAGUUUGGGGGGCCCGGGCGCAUGAAGCAGUCCUGUGUUCUACGGCAGUGCUUGGCACCUAGACUGCCUCACUCAGUCACAUGUUCCCUCUGUGGUGAGGUGGAUCAGAAUGAGGAAACACAGGACUUUGAGAAGAAACUCAUGGAAUGCUGUAUCUGCAACGAAAUCGUACAUCCCGGCUGCCUCCAGAUGGAUGGAGAGGGCUUGCUUAACGAGGAAUUGCCAAAUUGCUGGGAGUGUCCAAAGUGCUACCAGGAGGAGAGCGCUGAGAAAACCCAGAAGCGGAAAAUGGAAGAGAGUGAUGAUGAAGCCGUGCAAGCCAAAGUCCUGCGGCCCCUGCGGAGCUGCGACGAGCCCCUCACACCCCCACCUCACUCCCCCACUUCCAUGCUGCAGCUCAUCCAUGACCCGGUUUCACCCCGGGGUAUGGUGACUCGGUCCUCGCCUGGGGCUGGCCCCAGUGACCACCACAGUGCCAGCCGCGAUGAGCGCUUCAAACGGCGGCAGUUGCUACGGCUGCAGGCCACAGAGCGCACCAUGGUACGGGAAAAGGAGAACAACCCCAGCGGCAAAAAGGAGCUGUCUGAAGUUGAGAAAGCCAAGAUCCGGGGAUCGUACCUCACUGUCACGCUACAGAGGCCCACCAAAGAGCUCCACGGGACAUCCAUUGUGCCCAAGCUGCAGGCUAUCACCGCCUCCUCUGCCAACCUGCGCCAUUCCCCCCGUGUGCUCGUGCAGCACUGCCCCGCCCGAGCCCCCCAGCGUGGGGACGAGGAGGGGCUGGGGGGAGAGGAGGAGGACGAGGAGGAGGCGGAGGAGGAUGAUGACAGUGCAGAGGAGGGGGGUGCGGCCAGACUGAACGGCCGGGGCAGUUGGGCUCAGGAUGGAGACGAGAGCUGGAUGCAGCGGGAGGUCUGGAUGUCUGUCUUCCGCUACCUCAGCCGCAGAGAACUUUGUGAAUGUAUGCGCGUGUGCAAGACGUGGUAUAAAUGGUGCUGCGACAAGAGGCUUUGGACAAAAAUUGACUUGAGCAGGUGUAAGGCUAUUGUACCACAGGCCCUCAGUGGCAUCAUCAAGAGGCAGCCAGUCAGCCUUGACCUCAGUUGGACCAACAUCUCCAAAAAGCAACUGACGUGGCUCGUCAACAGGCUACCAGGACUGAAAGACCUCCUCCUGGCGGGCUGCUCCUGGUCUGCCGUCUCGGCCCUCAGCACUUCCAGCUGCCCCCUUCUCAGGACCCUGGAUCUUCGGUGGGCAGUAGGAAUAAAGGACCCUCAAAUUCGGGACUUGUUGACUCCCCCGACUGAUAAGCCAGGUCAGGACAAUCGCAGCAAACUCCGGAACAUGACUGACUUCCGGCUGGCAGGCCUUGACAUCACGGAUGCCACACUUCGCCUCAUCAUCCGCCACAUGCCCCUCCUGUCUCGACUGGACCUCAGUCACUGCAGCCACCUUACAGACCAGUCCUCUAAUCUGCUCACCGCCGUCGGGUCUUCCACUCGGUACUCUCUCACCGAGCUCAACAUGGCAGGUUGCAAUAAAUUGACAGACCAGACCCUGAUCUACCUAAGGCGCAUCGCCAACGUCACCUUGAUUGACCUUCGAGGAUGCAAGCAGAUCACUCGGAAAGCCUGCGAGCACUUCAUCUCAGACUUGUCCAUCAACAGCCUCUACUGCCUGUCUGACGAGAAGCUGAUCCAGAAGAUCAGCUAAGA